AUGGAUUAUUCGUCAUUUCCGCAGCAUUCUUUCGCUGAAUUCCCUCCCGAAAGCUCAGCUUCAUCAAGCAUGUACUGCGACAAUUCCCAGCAUUGUCAGUCCAGUCUUCCUUUUAACGAGAAUGACUCUCAGGAAAUGCUUCUUGCUCGAGUCAUAUCAGAAGCUGCAGGUAGCGGAAACUCCAUGGACGCACCAUCUUCCAGCCGUAUCAAGGAGGAAGAGGAAUGUGCUCAACAAAAUGACUAUGACGAGCCAAUGAAUCAAGUUAGCUAUAGAGGCGUUCGCAGGCGGCCAUGGGGGAAGUAUGCAGCUGAGAUCAGGGAUUCUACUAGAAACGGCGUUAGAGUGUGGAUAGGAACGUUUGACACUGCCGAAGAAGCAGCUUUAGUCUAUGAUCAAGCUGCAUUUGCAUUGCGCGGCCACGCGGCGGUUCUUAACUUUCCGGUAGAGGUAGUUUACGAGUCGUUGAAGCAGAUGCAGUAUGGUUUUGAAGAGGGUUGCUCUCCGGUUUUAGUGAUGAAGAAACGACACUCCAUGAACAGGAGAAAUGCACUGAGCAAAAAGAGAAGUCAAGUUUUGAUGGGCUUGGAUGAUGAUAAUAAUAAUAAUGUAUUGGUUUUGGAAGAUUUAGGCACUGACUAUUUGGAGGAGCUCCUCGGCGCAUCCGAAAGUACAUCUUCUUCUUGUCCUUGGCGUCAUCAAUGA